CUCAGCACAGCUCCGGCCAUCGCAGUAAAGGAAGAAAUGCACCGGACACAGGCGAGGACGGCGAAGGGCGGCGAUGGGAAGGAGAAGGUGGAAGAGGAGGCGGUGCAGCUGCGGAGGAAGAUCGGCCUGCUGCCGGCCAUAUCCCUCAUCAUCGGGUCAGUGGUGGGCAGUGGCAUCUUCGUCUCACCCAAGGGAGUCCUGAUGAACAGCGGGAGUGUGGGUCUGUCUCUGCUGGUGUGGGCGCUGAGUGGAAUCAUCUCGUUGUUCGGAGCUUUGUGUUACGCUGAACUGGGAACCACGUUUACAAAGUCAGGAGGCCAGUACACGUAUCUGCUGGAGCUACUGGGGCCGGUGCCUGCCUUCCUACGACUCUGGGGAGAAUUCAUGUUCAUCAGACCAGCUGUGACUGCCUACGGGUCCCUGGCAUUUGGCCACUACAUCGUGGAGCCGUUCUUUGCACCAUGUGUUGCUCCUACGGGGCUCAUCAAACUCGUCGGUGUCCUUGGAGUGACAUUUGCCAUAGCAGUCAACAGCUGGAGUGUGACCGUGACCUCUUGCAUCCAGGUCUUCUUGACUGUUGUUAAAAUGUUUGCUGUGGUCCUCAUCAUCGUCCCCGGCUUGAUUGCCUUGGGGAAAGGUGAGAGAGUGUUUCCUCUGAAGACACGGGUGGCUUUUGAGCUGUUGGCAUAUUUACUUCCUCACCGUGUCUCUUUCUUUGCAGGAAAGACGGAAAAUUUCCAGAAUGACCUCGAACCCGAGUUGUUGACGUUGACUAAGUUGCCACUAGCGUUCUAUAAUGGUCUCUAUGCCUAUGGUGGAUGGUUUUAUCUGAACUGCGUCACAGAGGAGGUCAUUAACCCGAACAGGCAAGUUCUCCAUUUCAGUACGUCCUUUUAUGAAAUGCACUUUUUUUAUAUUUCUCUGUGUGUUCUGUCAUUCAGAAUCAUCCCUCUGGCUAUCACUUUCUCCAUGGUGACAGUGACAGUUCUUUAUGUGUUUAUUAAUGUGGCCUACUACACCGUGAUGACACCUGCUCAACUCUUGAUGUCUGACGCAGUGGCUGUGACGUUUGCUAACCAAUCCAUCCAGUCAUUUGUGCCCGUGAUUCCGGUUCUUGUGGCCAUGUCGUGCCUCGGGGCGCUCAACGGUGGCAUGUUUGGAUCAACCAGGUUGUUAUUUGUGGCAGGCAGGGAAGGCCACUGCCCGGCAAUCUUUUCCAUGAUCCACAUCCGCAGACGCACGCCUUUGGCUGCUGUACUAUUUCAGUUCCCCUUUGCAGUGGCGAUGAUCUUGAAAGGUGAAAUCUACCAGCUUUUGAACGUUGCCUCGUUUUCUCGCUGGUUCUUCAUCGCCUUGUCAACGUUGGCAAUGCUCAUUCAUCGCUAUCGAUUCCCUGACCUCCCAAGACCUUUCAAGGUUCCUGUGGUCAUCGCAGUCACCUUCACAGCGGUUUCUUUCUUCAUCGUGGGCCUGUCUCUAUACUCGGACCUCUUCAACACAGGCUGCAGCUUGGCUCUCACACUCUCCGGACUCCCAGUUUACUAUGUGACCAUCCACCGCCCCUGCUUCCCCAAAAAAUUUACACGAACAUUCAACUACUGCAGCAAGAAGCUCCAGAUCCUUCUAGAAGUGGCUCAACAAGAAGUCCAAACAUACUGAAGACAUCCGUCAAGACCUUGAUGCAUCUUUUAAGACCUGUAACCUUGUGUUUGAAGUAUAAUAAGCCUCAACAACUGUC